CCAUUUCCAUCUCUCUCCUCCUCUUCCUCUCCCUCUCCCUCUCUAGGUUCUUACAGAACCCAGGAAAAAAAAAAAAAGAAAAAAGAAAAAAAAUGGGAGUUGAUUUUGCUAAAGCUGUUGUGCUAGUGCAGCUUUCGCUGCUAUGUUUCACUGUUUUUGGUGAUAAAGAGAUAGAGGCACUGGCAGCGUCGCCUAUUCCCCCACACCACCAUGCCUCCUCCCCAGAAGUCUCACCGAGCCGCCCGCCGACUCACCCUCACCACCAUCACCAUGCACAUCCACCUAGUCUUGCACCGUCUCACCACCACCACCACCUCCACCUCGGUCACCCUCCCUCUCAUGCCCCAGCUUACUCUCCCCUCAAGUCUCCAGCUUAUGCACCAGUCCACCCACCAAUCCCACACUCACAUCCUCCUGUCCAGCCUCCCGUGGCUUCUCCACCAAAAAAUCAACUAACACCGUCUCAUACACCAAAAUACCCACAACCACCUGCGGUUCAGCCACCAAAACACUCACAUCCACCGGUUGCUCAACCACCAAAACACCCACAGCCCCCGGUUAAACCACCGGCUCCGUCACCAAGCUAUCACUUCCCAAGGAGCCUCAUUGCAGUGCAAGGUAUGGUAUAUUGCAAGUCAUGCAAGUACCCUGGGGUUGACACACUCGUGGGAGCUUCACCACUUCCUGGCGCUACGGUAAAACUACAGUGCAAUAAUACCAAGUACUCACUAGAAGCCAAGGCCACAACGGACAAGAACGGCUAUUUCUUCCUCCAAGCACCAAAGAAAAUCACCAACUACGGGGCCCACAAGUGCAAAGUGUCACUGUUCUCUGCACCAAACACAGCAUGCAGCAAACCAACGAAUAUGCACGGUGGAGUUAGUGGUGGAAACUUGAGGGCUGAGAAGAAAUACGUUUCAAAUCAGCUUCCAUUUGUUCUCUACACAGUUGGUCCUUUUGCCUUCGAACCCAAGUGCCCACGUUAAGUAUUGUUUGCGUGUCAGCAGUUCAUUACAGCUUUGUUGCCCUUCUUUUUCAUUUAGAUUAUAAUUUGGUUCGAGCUUUCCCUGUAUGUGUCUGUAUUUUUAAUGAGAGUUUGAUCAGCUUCUUACCAUUAGUGGUCAGUGGUGUUUUUGUCUGUGGGAAAUAAAUGAUAUCUGUAUCCAUAUAGAUUAGUAAUGAAUCACUUGCUGCAUGGUUUAA